AUGAAAUAUGAAUUAUUAUUGUCUAUGCAACUUGACAAUCAUGGCGAGCACGUCGAGGUCUGUUUUUCUGAUUUAUUUUUACUUCUGUUUAUAUCGUAUCGAAGUAAUUCAUUUACUGUUUAUCCGAAUAAUGUUAAUAUACAAUAUGGCUUUAAAAUGGAGGCUAAUAAGGUGGUGUGCUAUGCUCAUCCUGACGCACCACUUAUCGAGGACUACAGGGCUGGUGACAUGAUAUGCUCAGAAUGCGGCCUCGUUGUUGGUGACAGAGUUAUUGAUGUUGGUUCAGAAUGGCGUACGUUUAGCAAUGAAAAGUCAGGAGUAGACCCAUCUCGUGUGGGUGGUCCUGAAAAUCCACUUCUCUCUGGAGGAGAUCUAUCCACAAUUAUUGGACCUGGCCGUGGGGAUGCUUCCUUUGACAGCUUUGGAGUAUCAAAAUAUCAAAAUAGAAGAAAUAUAAGCAGUACUGACAGAGCACUUAUCAAUGCCUUUAGGGAAAUAAACACAAUGGCUGACAGAAUAAACCUACCAAAAACAAUUGUAGAUAGAGCCAAUAAUUUGUUCAAACAGGUACAUGAUGGUAAAAACUUAAAAGGCAGAGCAAAUGAUGCCAUUGCAUCUGCAUGCCUUUACAUAGCAUGUCGUCAAGAAGGAGUACCUCGAACAUUCAAAGAGAUAUGUGCCGUCAGUAAGAUUAGUAAGAAAGAAAUUGGCAGAUGUUUCAAAUUAAUACUCAAGGCUCUAGAAACUUCUGUUGAUUUGAUCACAACAGCUGACUUCAUGUCUCGGUUCUGUUCAAACUUGGCCUUGCCUAAUUCCGUGCAGCGGGCAGCCACCCAUAUUGCAAGGAAAGCAGGAGAAUUGGAUAUUGUUUCUGGAAGGAGUCCUAUAUCAGUUGCAGCUGCAGCUAUUUAUAUGGCAUCGCAGGCGUCAGAGGACAAGCGCAGUCAGAAAGAGAUUGGAGAUAUAGCGGGUGUGGCAGAUGUGACGAUAAGGCAAUCAUACAAACUCAUGUAUCCGUUUGCAGCAAAACUUUUCCCUGAGGACUUUAAGUUUGCAACACCCAUUGAAUUCCUGCCGCAAAUG